UGUACAAUUUAAAAAAAUAAUGUCAAAAAUUAUAUUGCAAUCAUAUAAACACAGAUCAUCAGUACUAUACAUACCAUCGGUGGCGACAGCGUUAAUGAUAAUGGCAUACAAUUGGCAGACAAACCGUUAUCUACGACAACAACAACAAUGGUUUUACAGAUCAAGUAGUAGUAGUUUGUCAUCCGAUAGGUGGCCGCUAAGAUCGGCUAAACUAUUGUCGCCGGACAUUGACAUCGACUACAUUAGUAAGCGAUGUCUGGACAGUGUAUGUCUGUGUGUACCCGAAACCUAUUAUCGUCAUCCGCGGGACAAAUCUGUACGAUUUGGUAGCGGAUUUCGUGUCCGCGACGUCAGCGAAGUUCUGGUUGUGACCAACUGUCAUGUGGUCAGCGGUUGCAACACAAUACUGGUACAUAUGUGCUACAAUGGACGCCAGUGCGGUAUGUAUGGCCGGGCGGCUUAUGUAGAGCCGCACAUCGAUAUGGCACUAAUCAGGUUUGCGUGGCCACCAGUGGACAAUAACUGGCAACCGAUACCGUUGGCCACUACUCAUGGACGACCGCCAAUUGGCGAACCGAUUGUUGCAUUGGGAGCGUUCAGUACAUUCAUCACUUGCAGCCACAAUGGCAUUAUCACUGCCGAUCAGAUCACGCUAGAUAUGGCCGACUUUCAGCGGGUAAUCAAUCCCAUAACCACUGAUUCCGAGUAUCGGCCAAUGGUUAUGCACUCGUCAAGUGUAAUAUCGGGUUUUUCUGGCGGUCCAUUGGUCAACGCCGACGGUAAUGUGGUAGCCUUAAACGCUAUGCGCAGCGGUUAUGGCCGCAACUAUGGCCAAUCUGUCGAUGAAGUUAUCGAGUUUAUCGAAAGAGCAAAACUAUACGACAAUCGGGUAUUUCCGUGGCAACAGACCUACCGGGAGAUCAAGUAUUCAUUGGCUCCGGCCGUCAAACUCGGUGUCGUCCUAUCGAAAGAAGACGACAUAUUUACCGUCGAGGAUAUACUCAACGACUCCCGGUGCCGUGAACUACAGAACAAGUAUAUAUUGGGUAUCAAUGAACAGCCGCUGAUAACUAUACGCCAAUUGACUGACGCACUCAACCAACUUACCGGUGCUGAUGGGGAUGAUGUGGAUGAUAAUCAUAGACAAAAAUUGACACUGUAUACUAUGGAUGGUAUCAGUGCUGAUGAUAUGGACAGUUAUGAGGCCAGUGCCCGGCUUUAUACAGAACUUCCGCUUGUAUUUUAA